UGCCCUCCCACAGUUCAAACAGGGAAAAUGGCGGGGGUUUCUGAGUUGGUGGUCCUCCAACCUCUCGGGAGCAAGGACAUAAUGGCGGAGACAGACAGCCAGGCUUUGGUUCCCCACACUCUACAAGAGGACUUUCGGGUGCGCUGCACUUCGAAGCGGGCUGUGACGGAGAUGCUACAGCUGUGCAGUUGCUUUGUGCAAAAGCUCGGGGACGCGCUGCCGGAGGAGAUUCGGGAGCCCGCCCUGCGAGACGCGCAGUGGAUCUUUGAAUCAGCUGUGCAAGAGAAUGUCAGCAUUAAUGGGCAGGCAUGGCAGGACACUUCAGAUGAUUGUCUUAUGGAUUCUGACAUCAAAGAACUUGAAGAUCAGUUUGAUGAAAUCAUAGUAGAUAUAGCAACAAAACGUAAGCAGUAUCCCAGAAAGAUCCUGGAAUGUGUCAUCAAAAUCAUAAAAGCAAAACAAGAAAUUCUGAAGCAGUACCACCCUGUUGUACAUCCAUUGGACCUAAAAUGUGACCCUGAUCCAGGCUCUCAUAUGGAAAAUUUGAAAUGCAGAGGGGAAACAAUAGCUAAGGAGAUCAGUGAAGCCAUGAAGUCCUUGCCUACACUAAUUGAACAAGGAGAUGGAUUUUCUCAAGUUUUAAAGAUGCAGCCUGUUAUCCAGCUCCAGAGGGUCCACCAGGAAGUUUUUUCCGGUUGUCACAGGAAACCAGAUGCUAAACCUGAGAGUUUUAAAACACAUGUAGAAACCACACCAACAGAGACUGUUUCCAGGAAAACCUCCGAUGUGGUACUGAAAAGAAAGCAAACUAAAGACUGCCCUCAGAGAAAGUGGUAUCCAUUGCGGCCAAAGAGAAUUAAUCUUGACACAUAAGCUGUUAUUGGUUAUUUGGGGAGUUGAUAAUAGGCACUGUCAACACUUAGAUUACAGCCUAAUACCUAGACAAGAUUUCAUUUAAAACAACAAAUUAACUCUUUUACUAGUGAUUCAAUUAUGCAAAUAUAGUAACUCUAUGCUGGGAUAUGAUGUAAUAUUGUAUUUCUUUCCUCACUGUUUCAUCAUAAGUGAAAGUUAUAUUUUUUAAAAUAUUGGCACAAAGCUUAUCAAUGAGCGUUUAAGAGUGCAAACUUUUACUGUCCUUAAAUGCCACCAACUACCGACUGCCUUAUAAAUUUUAUGGAAUUUCACGAGUAACAUUCUG